CUCUCAGCACACGGUCAAUUACGCUCUUAUCUCCGGCUGCAGUCCUUUAAUACAGCCGUCUAAAACACGAGACGGUUCAAACAGACUCAGCUUUUUAAGAGAGAGAAGCGAGGACGAGACAGACGCCCCGGUAAUGACAGAUCUCAAAAGUAGUGCAAAGAAGUGUCUCUAUAAAUGUCCAGGCCGGAGGUGGCCCUGGACGCUUCGCUGGUGUCCGUGUCGUGGGGCCCCUCCUCCAGCUUCAGCGGGACACGCCGCAGGACAGAGUCCGAGUCCCUCGCUGCACGCACGAGGAGCGCCACAACAAGCCCCCCGGCGACCUGGAACCCGCCCAAAAACCGUAUUUUGACCGACAAAAACUGUCGUAUUAAAUCUUUACAAGCGGGGCGGCGAUCCAAGACAGGUGCCGGAGCGCGUCGCAGUCAUCUGAUAAUAAUUGCAUCGAGGUGACUGCGCGAAGACCGCGUUUCUGACCCAAGAAACGCGAAUCUCCGCCGCAUUAACGCCAGCCGUUAUUCACGCUUCGUUUGCCGGGUCGCGCUACGAGAGGAAACCGCAGCGUAAGUUUGCAGAGCGCCUGCUUUGAAGUGGGUUGUAGCCGUAAUUAAUUUAUAGGCACCACGUGAGUGGGAUGAAACUACCAUUAAGUGGGCGCACCCGCUGGAUACGAUACCUAACACACUCAGAAACUUCAGCCAGAGCACCGGGACCUCUUUGACUCCCGGUACAGCGCCCGGGACAGACGUUAAACCUCACCGAAUGACCGUAGCGCCGAAGAACACCGCGCUCUUCCGCAGACAGCAAACUCGAGCAGAGGAGAGCCUGUCAGAACGAUGUUGUUUUUAAUCUGAAAGCAGGGCUUUUUUUGCGUUUUCAGUUGCCGGGUGUUUUGUUUGAAACCGUUUGGCUACACUUUUGAAGAGUUUUAGCCGCUGUCUCUGAUCCAGACGAGAAUGAUGGCAGUAUUAUGGGAUAACUCGUUCACGUUGCCGUGGAGACGGACAGUCGUUUAUUCUCUUCUUGUGUUCUUGAUGAGUGGAGCGCGCACGUUUGGAGACGAAGCCUUUAAUGGAGAGUCGUGGCUGCGGCAGUAUGGCUACCUCCCGCAGGCCAGCAAGCAGAUGUCCACCAUGCGCUCGGCUCAAAUCCUGUCCAGCGCCAUCAGCGACAUGCAGCGCUUUUAUGGGCUGGAGAUCACCGGAGUGUUGGACCCCUUCACCCUCGAGGCCAUGAAGAGACCACGCUGUGGCGUCCCAGACAAAUUUGGGGGUCAGAUCAAGACCAACGUACGACGGAAACGUUAUGCAAUCACUGGCCACAAGUGGGACAAGAACCACAUAACUUUCAGCAUUCAGAACUACACGCCUAAGAUCGGGGAGUACAACUCAUUUGAGGCCAUCCGACGGGCCUUCAGAGUGUGGGAGAAAGUCACGCCGCUGUCCUUUGAUGAGAUCCCUUUCCAUGAGGUCAAAUAUGGCCGUCGUAAGGAACCUGAUAUCAUGAUCUUCUUCGCUUCUGGUUUUCAUGGUGACAGUUCCCCGUUUGACGGAGAGGGGGGGUUUCUGGCACAUGCUUACUUCCCUGGUCCAGGGAUGGGUGGAGAUACUCACUUUGACUCAGAUGAGCCGUGGACCAUUGGUUCAGAAAACCUACAAGGCAACGAUCUGUUCCUGGUAGCUGUACAUGAGCUGGGCCAUGCCCUUGGACUGGAACACUCCAAUAAUCCUUUGGCUAUUAUGGCUCCUUUCUACCAGUGGAUGGACACCGAAAACUUUGAGCUGCCCGAGGAUGAUCUCCGUGGGGUCCAGCAGAUUUACGGACCCCCCAGCAGUUCUCCGACGCAGUCUCUGCCCACUUUGACCCCGCGGCGACCAGCCCAUCCAGACCCCAGGGCACCCCAUCCUCCCAAAAACCCUCCCGGAGCACCUCCUCGCCGGCCAGACAGGCCUCGCACUACCGAACGCCCAGAUCACAGUGGCCCCAACAUCUGCGAGGGCAAUUUUGACACAGUCACCAUGCUCAGGGGAGAAAUGUUUGUUUUUAAGGGCCGCUGGUUCUGGAGGGUGAGGAGGAACCGAGUGCUGGAUAACUACCCAAUGCCUAUUGGACACUUCUGGAGGGGUCUUCCGGGAGACAUCGACGCUGCAUAUGAAAGGCAUGAUGGGCGAUUUGUGUUUUUCAAAGGAAGUCGGUAUUGGUUGUUCAGAGAAGCCAACCUAGAGCCUGGUUAUCCUCAAGAACUGAUGGACUAUGGCAGAGACAUCCCGUAUGACAAGAUUGAGACGGCCAUCUGGUGGGAACCUUCUGGCUUCACAUACUUCUUCAAGGGAGACUGGUACUGGCGCUUUAAUGAGCAAUCCAGAACCGCAGAUCAGGACUACCCUAAGCCAAUCAGUGUGUGGGGCACUUCUGUGCCGUCAUCUCCCAAAGGAGCCUUCCUCAGCGAUGAUGGAGCCUAUACAUACUUCUACAAGGGUGCAAAGUACUGGAAAUUUGACAACCACAGAAUGAAGAGCGAGCCGGGUUACCCAAAGUCCAUCCUUAGAGACUUCAUGGGCUGUAACGUGGACCUCAAUCCUGACAGAGACACCGAUGUGGAUCCGGGACGCAAGUGGCCUGACAGGCCUCCCUUCAACCCGGACGCUGGCCGAGACAAAGACAAAGACAAGGAAAAAGAUAAAGAGAGAGACAGCACCAAUGAUGUUGACUCUAAAGAGGAGACAGAAGAGAAAACGAAUGAGGUGGAUGUGGUUCUGAAGAUAGACGAGACAGAGCGCACCAUGAACAUCAUCAUGGUGACGGUACCCCUGGUCCUGGUGCUGUGCAUCUUGGGAUUGAUCUACGCGAUCAUAAACACACUACAGAGGAAAGGAGCACCCAAGUAUUUAGUUCACUGCAGACGUUCACUACAGGACUGGGUUUAACUUCUCAGAAUGACCCUCGAUCCUUGUUCUGCCUUUUCAUUUCACACGUCCAAAAACUUUGCAACACACAAAACCACCAUAAACAUGCUUACAGACAUACACACACAUACAGAUACUGACACACAUCACAUUCAUCCUCACCCUUCUUUUCCUUUCCCAUGGUGCUCUCCUAACAUGUUGACUAGUCUAUUUAUAUCAGAAAGUUUGCACAUUGAUUUUUUUUUUUUCUUUUCAUAAUUUUAUUUUCUUUUGAAUCAGUUGUUUGCAAGUUGUUUUCCUAAUUUCUAAUUUUAGGAAGUCACAAUUAGUCGUCUGCAAUCACAACGUAAAUGAUGAACUGGAAGUCUUGCAGAGCAAAAAGAGAGGAAAAGGAAAGCAGAGAAAGAUUCUUCUCUUAGGAGUAUUUCUGCAUCCAUUCACCUUUUCUCAGGACUCUCAGCUGUGUUUUUCCAACUGACCGGGCAAGUCAUAAUAUAUCAUCAUAAAGACUGUAAGGACUGUGGCCACUCGCAUCGUAACUUGAUAAAAUGUUGAUGUACUGUGGGGUUCAAACGUCUGAGACCACAUGGAAAGUCUGAGAUUCAAAAUCUAACUGAAACCUAAAAAUAAAUAGAAGGUUUUAAGAUUUUUUUUUUUAUUUUACAUUUUUUUGUAAAAUCAUGUUUUUUUUUUCAGCUCAAAUUGUAAAGCUAUUAAUAUUUUACUAUAGAAAUCACUUUUGAAUUAAAAAGAAAUAUUGGAUUAACCUUUUCAAACAUACAGGUCUCCGACUUUUCAACCCUUCUUUUUGGAGCAACUGUGCCUGGUUAUUUAACCAGUAACUAAGUCCAGUUGCAUUUGGCUGAUUUUUACCUGCUAUUUGUUUUGAUGUCAUAAAAUAGGGUCUUUUCACAAAAUGUUGCUUACCUACUGCGAUCAUAACAAAAAGUCACAUUUUAUUGCCCCUUGUUUUAACAACUGUGCCUUGGUCGUGCCAGCCAGACAUGUUUUAUGUGGUUCCAUCCAUAUUUUUAGAGCCCUCCUGAUUUCGUCCUUGUAAGCUGAAGUGUUUUUAUCUCCCAAAAGUCCCAUGAUACCGUGGCAAUUAUGAAUUUUAUUGUCUGAGAAACAUAACACUUAGGUUGCUUUCAUUUUAAAGGGUUUGAAAAAAACUUGAGGCACUGAGCAAGAUAUUACUUUGCUGGUGCUGAAACCAUUUGCUGCGUGCAUAUUUAUAUAAUAGCAGUUUCAUAUUUUCAUUUGACUGAACAAAAGAGCUAUAAAAUGAAUACCACUAGUGUACGUACACCAAUUUAAAACUCAGUAAAAUACACUUGAGAAAGCUUCUCUGGCCCAAUUAGAAAUAAAAGCCUUAGUGGGGCCCGCUGUUUUAGGGAAUGUUAGGUAAUAGUCUAAUUUUAAAAACAGCAGGGGGUGAAAGCCAUUGCUAACCUAUUUCAACCCCAGCCCAUAGGUCUCCCUACCAAAGAAAUAUUACUUGCAUUGACAAAGGUGGGCUGAAACAAGAGGAAAAAAGGGGGGUUUCAAAAGGGUUUAAAUGCAGAAACCUUAUACCUUAAGUCUUUGUGAAAGGGCUUAUAGCGUGUUAGUAAGAGUCUGAAAUGGAUUGUAUUACAGUGAUGGGAUAUUUUAGGUGUGGGGGUGUAAUAAACAAGCAGGCGUGGCAUAAACUCAAAGCAGGCUCUCUCUAGAAGGCUGAAACAUACUCAUACGCAAGUAUGUGGACGUGUUUACUUAGUUACCCCAAUUUUAUGUUGCAUUCUCAUCAUUUCCACAAGGGGCGCUAUAGCGUAUAUUAUCAUAACUGUAAAAGUUAACGAAUUUCCAAAUGCAAUCUUCUGUGGCUAGAUGUAAGCCUCUUAUUGUUAGGCAGCAUUCGUUUGAAUCGAAUCUUGCUGAGCAAGUUUAGGUCAGUUAAAACAUUGACAUGUUUAGCUACCUGAAUAAAACUUUUAUUUGUACAUGACGUUUCAAGGUGUCUCCAUCACCUUACCUUGAGUGCUGAAGUUUAUAUGAACGCACAUUAAGUAUAUCUGAUAAGAUUGUCUACUUGUCUACUUACAUUGACCUAGCGUUCACAUCUGCGUUAGCAUACUUGCGUAGAGUAUAUUUUUGGCCUAAGCUUGAGAUGCUUGGUAGAUAGUGUGUGUAGCAAUAUUAUCCCUAUAUGAGAGCUUGCUGGCACACAGUCCCAUGGCCCACAUUGCCAGGGUCCACUGCCAGUUAUUUUUGGAGCGCAUUCCUUGACCAGCAGCAGAAACAGGAUCCCUGUUUCAUUCACGACUUAUUCAUGCUGAUGUGAUCUACUAGGCAAAGUAGACAGAUUAGGCAAGUUUCCUAACAUUGUAAGAUAUAACCGCUGUCAGGUAGGUCUGUGUUUGCUUUCUGUGGUGUUUGCUUAGUCUAGUGUCUAACCUACAUAAACUCAGCUAGUAUAUUCGGACACAGAAAGCAUUAAGAAACAAACCGCAGCAACUUUUAAAGUGCCUCUGACGAAAUCAUCAUCAUUUACUCUUUACAAUCAGCGAGAGAGUUUCUUCUUUCGCACUGGGAGAGGCAGACGUAUAGGAGUGAAUGAAAGUGAGUGGUAUUAUAAAUAUUUCCCUGUCAGACAAGGUAGAGCAAAAAAGCACUUUGAUAAAUAUUAUUGGAAGAGUAGAGGAGACACAGGACAGUCAUGAUCGGAAUGCUGUCACUGAUGAAUCCCUCGAAUAUCGUUGCCAAGCGAUCCGCCCCUCCUCACAGUGCUCCUGUCGUCCGAGGAGAUUUGGAGGAGAGUUAAUCAGACAUAAAAGCUCUUCCGUCCCUCCCCGACGCCCUCUACCUUCUCCUCCAGUCACCCAGAUCAAUGAGGAAUACAUAAACAAGCUUGAAGGAUGUCUGAAACACUCACUCUCAGUGGCUCACUAAGGCCUUAUGGCUGUCUUAUUCCCAUUUCAGCCUGUUCUUUGUCUGAUUUUCACACUCCUUUAUGGCCUUUUUUCCACAAUUAGUCACUUUUACAAGGUAUUUUCAUAGUAUUCUGGAAAUACUGUAGUACCACGGUAAUACCAUUUUUGGACAAAACCAAAUACAGUGGUAUUCUCUGAAGUACCAUGGAGUCAAAAUUGUACUGAAUCACAUAUAGCAUUCAAUGCCAGAUCAUUGGUUUAUUGAGGCCCCUGGGCAAGCAUCUUUGGAGCCCUAUUCCUCCUAGUUCCAACUCUAUUGGUAGACCUGCAUUAGGCAACAAAAUUUAGAGAACACAUUUUAAUGGGAUAAAAUGAGGUAACAAACAACAGUAGCUGAAGGCUGUAGUGAUCCAAUGGGAGCUGAAAGGUCAGCAAAUGCUGUUUUUGCUAAGAUGACCAGGGUCAGUUCACUCUGUAUGCGGUGAAGGACCUGGAGCCUAGGUCUAGUAGUCAGCUAUAUCUGUAUUUGUGAAGGGACUGGGGCCCCAGUGGUCAUUUCCCACUGUUUCCAGGGGCCCUAGCGAUCAUGUCCCAAUUAAUGUGAUGAGUAGCCAAGCGCCCUAGUUGUAAUGUCUCCUCCAUGUGCACAGGAGUCCAGCAACUGCUGGAUAGGUUGUGGCCUUGUGGUUCUGUUCCACUGUAUACACUAGGGUUCUCGGGGCUCCAGUAGUAGAUGGUCUGGGGCCCUAAUGCUUAUGCCCCGAUCAAGGUCAUACUGGUAAUGUCCCACUGUAGGCUGGGGCCCUAGUGCUAAUACCCAGUUGAGGGGAGUCUGGAUAGUCUAAGGAGAGUCUGGAGCCCAGGGCCCUAGUAGUCCCACUGUGUUCACCCAGGGGCCUGGAGCCCUAGUGGCCAACUUGAUACUUCAAGUAUUCUAGGCCCCUUUGGCAAUCUUUCACAUGACCUUAGGCUUUGGCAGUCCGUAGGAACUGGCCCCACUGAUACAGUCCUGGUUUAAAUAUACAUCUGAUACAAACACUGUACCGUGGUACUAUUGCUUUAAGGCUGUAUGGACACUAGUUUAGUAAUCAUAAAAGUGUAUUAAUUAGUAUAUUUGUUUCUACAUAGAUUUGUUGUUUUGUUAUUUUUGUUUUCAGAGACGAUAAGGGUGACCAAACAAAAUUGGGGUAGACAAUGACUGAUGAAUAAUCAUAACAGUCUGUUUAUUUGUUAGUAUGUGAUGUUGUAGAUUUAUAGGUCUAACGUUUUUCUCCGCAAUCUCAAAUCAACUCUUGGCCAAGUUUAGGACUGGCUCUUAUAACAAUGGCCCCUCUCUCUUGCUGCAUUAUUGUCCUGCACAUUGCUUUUGGCCAACAGGAAGAUAGACUGGGCCCUCGGCCAGGGCCAGAAAGCUUCCUCCCACCAAGCCUCACACUAGCAUUGCAUACUAACAGCAGCCUCUGUUCAGAAGGCUUUUGGUGUGAAUCAUGGACUCUGACUGUUAUGGUCACACCAUUCUCAUAACCGCGGCUCAGGACCACUGCUACUUUAUGUCUGACCACCCAGUGACUCUACAUAUGCAGAGUGAAUUCUCUCUGUGUCUGUGUGUAUUCUCCUGAUAUAAACUUGAGCUCUGAACAGAGGUGCCUCUAAGAACAUCCAUUCACACCAUUUAUUAACCAGCUGCAGCUAUUCGACUGCAAUCAUUGUUGACUCACUAAAUAAGUAGCCAAAAAAGGUUAAGGUAAUUUGUUGUCUUCACCUUUGUGGAAUCAGCUGAAUAGAACGAGACAGUGUAUUUGCUUUCGAUUCAAUAUCAAAUCGGCCUGUUGAGAGACAAUGCAUCUAGGCAAUGCACACUGUCUUGAAGGGAAUCUUAAUGAGCCUUACAAAAAAUAUGCUGUUUAAAACUAGACAAAACAUUUUCAGACAAAAAUAUUGUAGCAAAUCACUAACAUUUAAAGCAAUGCUGUUAAUGUGCACAAAGUUGUGCUGCAGUGUUUUCUUAAACACCUCAUCAUCUUCAUUAAUGGUGGUAAAAUUAAGUUUAGUUUAAUUAUAUAUCAGUUAAUUAUUUUUUAUUAUCUUAAUUUCUUUUUAAUUGUAAAUAGUAUCUUUUCAAUAUUUUUGUUUUGUGUUUUUUAGAUUUUUACCCUGUUAAUAACAUUCCGAUUUGUGUUUUUGAUUUUUUUCUUAUGUAGAAACUGAGGAUUUUAUACAUUUGUGUUUGUUCACAUCUUCUGAGUGUGUUUAACAAUCCAUGCUGGACAUGUAAACAGUAAUAAAAAGAAAAAAAAUGUUAAAGAA